UGAUCACUGCAGCAAACCUUAAUAAUUCGAAAUCCCGUGCACUCAAGCAUUUCUGUAACGGCACAGUUCCCUAAAUUGGCUGGAAAAUGGCGGACCUGCCAUCGUCGAUUAUGAAGGAUUUCGGAUGGUGGCAGCUCAGGGCGGUAUUCCUAAUAUACUUGUGCAAAAUACCUUCGUCGUGGUUUAUGGCCUGUAUGAUCUACACGGGACCUGCUCCCAAAGAUGGUGAUUUCUACUGUAAGCCACCCGCGGCCAUAAGUUCACACUUUAACGAGACCAAGUGGGUUAGGGCAGCUCAUCCGGUGAUGGAGGGAGUGAAUGAUGAUCAUGAGAUAAGUGUCGACUAUUGUAACGUUUUCGAGAAAAGCCUAGAGUAUUAUAAUGACCCAAACUUUACAUCCUGGCACAAGCUCAGUAACGACACUAAGCUGAUAUCCUGCACAGCGUUCGAGCACCGUUCGGACUACCCCUCCAUAAUUACCCAGUUCGAUUUGGUAUGCUCAAGAUACUGGUUGAUCCCAACAACACAAUGUGCCCAUCAAUUUGGCGUACUGCUCGGUGGGAUUCUCACUGUUCAGCUUAUGAAGACCAUAAGUCCAAGGAACAUGAUGCUGAUGGGAAUGUACACGCAGAUUGCAUGUGGCUGCAUUACCGGUUAUAUAAGUGCAUUCGAAAUGCACACACUAUUCCGGUGUUUGAGUGCAAUUUUCUGCGGUUUCAUGUACACGGCAGGAAGUGUUAUCAUGAACGAUAUUACUGGCGGCAAGUUCAAAACCGCCACUAUUUGCCUGUUUGAACAGUUUUGGUCGAUCGGCGUGAUAAUGCUUCCUGGGAUCGCUAGUUUGGCGACCAGUUGGAAUGAGCUUUACAUGGCUAUUUCAUUGCCAACGUUUGUCUACAUUAUAUUGCACAAGUGGAUUCCAGAUUCACCCAGAUGGCUACUGAAACAUGGAAGAGUACAGGAAGCUAGAGAGCUUCUAAUGGGAGCAGCCAAAAGUAACGGAUCUGAGGACAGCAUCCCGAUCGAUUUUGAUCAUCAGUUGAAGUCUUUCUCCGAGACGGCUUCUGUUCAGCCAGAGCCCGAUGCCUGGUGGACAAUAUGGAAGGAGAAAGGGUCUAUGAAGAAUCUGAUCUGCAUACAUUUGGCUUGGGGUUUGUUCUGUACGGCAUACUAUGGGAUGCUGUUGAACAUCGCUGCUUUCGGAAGGGAGAAAAUCGAGUUCAAUACUGUAGUGGCUGGUACAUCGGAAAUAGCCGGAACUUUCAUUGGGCUCGUGUUCAUCAUGUUCAGCAAGAACAAAUGGCUUUGGUGUGGAUUGUUGAACGCUGUUGGCUGUUCAGUAGCAUACCUGGCUUGGCUCAUUCCACCGGAAGUUACGGGAAACGACCGAACUGCUUUGCUGAUGAUCACGGCAAUGAUUCCCAAGGCCUGCAUUUCUUGCUGUUUGGGCCUAUUAGUUACCUGCACUGCUGAAUUGGUGGGCCCAAGCAAGAAGAAUGGAGUGGCAUAUUCAUGUACUGUUUGGGGACGGACAUGCUUCUUAAUUGCCCCGUACAUAGUUGCUACGGUUGAAUUCGGGCAGCUAGUUCCCCUGACGGCUUUCGGAUCAAUGGCCGUGGUUGGUGGAAUCUUCGUGAUGUGUAUCAACAGAACGCAAACUUACCCGAUCGCUCAGCAGCAGGGCUCGGUUUACCGGGAUACAAUGGUCAAAUCCACAGACUGGAUAACAGAAAAGCAAGCCGAAUUGGUGGAAAUGCGACCUAAGUUCUAAAGUAAACAGAUUCGUUAUCAUUAACUACGAUUUAUAAGCGAAAUUAAAGCAGACGAUACGACUUAUCAUUGAUUGUGCAAAUUCCCUUCGCAAAUAAUUUCGCACGAUUUGAAAACCAAUCGUGCAUAUCGAAUCCAUGGUAUGCUAUGGCUUACAAGUUGAAUGAUCUCACGAAUUCCAGUAUCAGUAAAAACU